GACUACGGAGGGUUGAAAAGUUUUCUUUUUGGUUUUAUUUCGUUAUAUGGACCCAACUGUGUUGUGAAAUCCGUAUUAAAUGAAGUUGCAAAAAAGUGUUCUUGUGUACACCAUUAGGUUGCAGAGGAAUUCUUGCAUGCAUGUUGGUUGGUCAGCGAUUGUCCGUAACCAGACGUCGUGAUGCAAAUCAUUCAAGAGAGGCUGGCACUGUCGUGUUUGUGCGACAAAUGUCCCGAGAUGCAUACAACGAAGAGAAAGCGGAGAAGACGUCGGACGGAAGCGGCACUUCCAACGCUUCGCCAGAGAUUUACUCGAAUCUCAAGUGCCACUUGCUGUCAUGUUCGGGGCCAGCGCUUCAAUCAACCGAGGUUCUAAAGAAAGCAGCGGCUCACGAACUCGAACCCAUCUCUUUGGGAAAAGCUUCCUACCAUUGCAAGGCAGUGAGGCUGAUCGGAGCGUGACAAACCCGAUUGAAGCAACUACACGAACGCGUUUUAAAGUAGGUCAGUGACAGCUAAACGAGGUGGAUGAGUAGAGCAGCAGGAAUAGCAGCAGCAACAACAAAAGCAGGAGGAUCCAGCCGGUAGCAGCAGUUCGGUAGUGAUUGAGAGUUGGUCAGGAUUGGCUGAAGCAUCGCAUGGCAGUGCCUUGAUCUCUAGUGGUGAUGAUGAUGAUGAUGGAUCUUUUACCUGUCUUCGAAAGCAGCGGAAGGCUUCAGUUUCUCUUCAGCUGAUAAGGUGGUGGUGUGUCUGCUCCUGCUAUGAACAUAUCCACCUUCGGAGGAAUCUUUGCUGUGGGGACUUUGAGUUCCGUUAGGCCGUCAUAGAACUUGCGAGUGUUUGCAGUGACUAUUCAGUGGACUUACAUGUUUGUGUACUGUACUGUACUCCGUUGAAUUUAAUCGUGGAUACGCUCAAGAGAGAGGACCAGACUCCAGUUUACAUGGAAAUCAACAGGACACGUUCGGUGUAGUGACAGUUACACUUUGCCAUCAUAUCACCUGAACUUACGCGCCUUUGAUCUGAAAUGACUUUGUCCUGAGCGACGAAUCAUAUCCUCUGAUGCAACUGCCACCAACUCUAUAACAGAACCACAGGAAAACGCCGUAUAUACGAUAGAUAUUUGUGCAGAAUACGGCUGAUCGCUGACAUUGCCAACAUGACUGCCAUUAUACAUAGAAGUAAUGUUCUCCAACAUCAAAUUAUGGUUGCCGAGACAGUGAAGUAUCCGGUGAAUUACCCGGCUCUCAUUCCUCUUUCCCCGACAGUAACGGGACUAGGCGGAGGAUACUCGUGCUCAUCUUCUAUGCUCCACGCCAAUUUUUCGCCAGCACACAUCAUGGAUCAGAAACCAUCUCAGCAGCAACAGCAGCCCGCUCCACAGGGUCCACCAAUUGGUAGCCCUCCACAGAAUGGGCAGGACAACGCACUUGUGGGUCUGGGUGCCCCAGGUCUUCACCUGCCCUCUUCCUUAGACCUAGCAUCACACAUGCGCAAGAAGGACAUUUUCACCCAAAGGAAACAACGCGAAUUUAUUCCAGACAGCAAGAAGGACGAGUCCUACUGGGACAGAAGGCGAAGGAACAAUGAAGCUGCGAAGAGGUCCAGGGAGAAGAGGAGGUUCAACGACAUGAUUCUUGAACAGCGUGUAAUCGAACUCUCCAAAGAGAACCACAUCAUGAAGGCCCAGUUAAAUGCUAUCAAAGAAAAGUACGGAAUCCUGGGUGAGAGUCUCAUAAACAUUGAUCAGGUCAUUGCUAAUAUGCCCCAGUCUGACCAGAUUAUAGCUAUUAACAAGCGGACCAAAUUCAACUCAGCUAUCAUGGCCCUAGGAUCAAGUCCAUCAGUAACCUCUCUAUUGAGUCCAGAGAGUGGUAUGACGUCACCAACACCCACCCCAUCCUACCACAACCCCAGUGACAACCCAGAGUCCCCACAAAAUUAUUCCCACUAUGGUAAUACACACGAUGACCAUGACAGUCAUUUUGAUAAUAAUGAACAGUACCCUCCAUCCUCCUCCAGUGAUCUCUACUACAGAUCAUCAGCACUCAACCUCUCUACCCACACAUCCAACUCACAUUCACCAAUGUCGCCCACUACCUCACAAAUGGAAUAUUCUCCAGCGAGUGAUCCUGAAAUAUGCCGACGUUCCCCUGUUGGCGAAGCUGGUUCCUCACUGCCUCAUAAACUUAGACAUAAGAGCCACCUAGGUGACAAGGAUGCUGCCCAGUCUCUCCUGGCUCUGCAGGGGAUCAAGGCCGAACCCCAUGACCCUAACCACGAAGCAGCCGAAGAUUCUGUGGGAUCUUCUGAUGAGAGAGAUUCAGGCAUCAGCUACUCCUCAUCCUCCUCUUGCUCAGAUGGAUACCCAAGAUCAUCUGACACCACCUCCUCUUCACCCACAAACUGCCUGAUGGGGGACUCUACCAGUAUUAGCAGUAGCAGAAACCAACAGUCCCUUCACUUGCAGCAUUACCAGCACCAACAGGAACAACACCAAAAGCAAGACUUAGAUGAUGUUGCUGAGUAUGAGAAUACCCAGCUUAGAUCAGAGCUGGAAAGGUUAGCCUCUGAGGUUGCAACACUCAAGUACAUGCUUGUGCGAAGACCAAGAUCAGAGGGAGAUUCUGACGGAUCCCGCUGAAAAGAAUAAGAAAGAAAUCAACAAUCUCUUCUCGGUGUAGGGUUUUAAGCCUUCACCGUCUGUCCGUGUGUGCGUGCGUGUGUAAAACAUGAGCAUGGCUGUGACAAGGGCGCAGCGAAAAGUGACAAAUACGCCCAUGUGCCCCCGUGCAAGUGUUUAGGGGGGUGGUGUACAUAAGUGUGAUAUUCAUAUUUUGGUAUACGAACUAUUACCCCAGUCCUGUGCACUCUUAUUACAAUAUUUCUAUUUUAUUCUGACUAAUUUUAAUUAUUAUAUUGUACACAAUUAAGAAGAUUGUACCUAUGUAUUUUCUCUGAACAUAAGCAGACUGUACAUACUUUUGUGCCAUUAGAAAAAUAUAUGUUUUGUGAACUUAG